CUCCGAUUUAACAACUUUGUGCCCCGCACAUCCGUCUCUCUGUGCAGACCUCUCUCCCUCCCUCUCUCUCUGUGUGUCCGGGCCCGCAGUGGGGGUACCAGGCUUGGAAGUGCGUCCUCCUCCGGUGCGAGUUGUCCCGCUUGCUCUCUGCUGCAGACAAUGAUGGCACCUGUCCUCCAAAUGUUGGCUGUCAUCAUCGCGUCAGCUCUGCUGCAAACUGCGACAUCGGCCCACCUCAAUGAGACUAUAUUUGCAGUGACUGUGAGCUCCCAGGUGAGAGGAGGGAAACAGGAGACCCUCUGUGUCCAGAUCCACGGCCCCACAGAGCCCGUCUCUCUGACCCUCGCCCUCGAGAUGGACUCUGGCAGCACUACCAUCCUGGAGGAGGCUGUCAAACAGGACUUUUACCGCUGCUUAAGCUUCCAGGUACCUAAAGUGCGCUCUAGGACUGUGGCAUCCAUUAAUGUCACCAUACAAGGUGAGAGUGCUGUGAUGAGCAAGAAGACCAAAAUCCUCAUCGAGCCCCCUGCUUUUAUCCACAUCAUUCAGACUGAUAAACCCAUCUACAAACCUGGACAGACUGUCCAGUUCCGAAUCGUUUCGAUGGACGCCAAUUUCAUCCCCGUAGGUCGAGUGUACAAAGUGGUGGACCUCCAGGAUCCCAAUUCAAAUCGCAUCGCACAGUGGCUGGAUAAGACCAUUGUUAGCGGCAUCCUGGAUCUUUCCCACCCCAUGAUACCUGAAGCGCCACAAGGAAGCUACAUUAUCACCGCCUCGACGGACAAAGGAGAACGAAUCACCCACAGCUUUGACAUCAAGGAAUACGUUUUGCCAAAGUAUGAAGUAAAGAUUCACCUACCCAGUGUGAUUACCAUCCUGGACAAAGAAGCAACAUUAAGGAUCUGUGGAAAAUACACGUAUGGAAAACCAGUUAUUGGUUCUGUGAAGGCUGUGUUUUGUAGACACGCCUUGCGGUUUUACUGGUAUUCAACAAGUGAAGAAAAUGACGUCUGUAGCGUGUAUGAAUUGACGACGGACAAAAGUGGUUGUGCUACACAAAUUGUGAACGUGACAGAGUUUUUCCCCAACAAGAGCAUGUAUGACGACAGUUUUCACGUAAAUGCUGAAAUGGAGGAGUAUGGCACAGGAGUCAUUCUUAAAGGCAGUGGACGGACCACCUUCAGCAGUCACAUCAGAACUGUCUCGUUUGAGGAUGUACGUGCAGCGUACAAGCCUGGAAUCCCCUUUGAGGGAAAGGUGAAAGUGGUCGGUCCAGACAACAAACCUGUUGCCAAUGAGGCAGUGCACCUGUCUUAUGUCGAUACCCAAAGGGAAACGCUUACUACAGACGUAAAAGGCAUGGCUUCAUUUUCAUUGAACACCACAGCUUGGACCGACGUUGUGUCUCUAAAGGCGUGGUCAAAGGAGAAUGAGCCAUAUGUGCCUAAUGUGCGUAAACCGGAGUACAGGUUGGCCUUCCACCAAGCCUCAGCAUUUUACUCCAAGAGCAGCAGCUUUUUGAAGCUCAUGCAGAUCAAAGGGAAGUUGUCCUGCGACAGCGAUGCAACUGUGCGUGCUCAGUACAUCAUCCAGGGGGAGGAGCUAAAGAAGGGACAAGAAGUCCUUGAAUUCUUUUACCUGGUGAUGUCCAGGGGUGGAAUUGUGCAGCACGGUCGUGUCCCGGUGACUGUGAAAGCAGGAACUGUCAACAAAGGAGAGUUGUCUGUAUCACUCCGUCAGGUUACAAACCUGGCACCAUUUGCCCAAGUGGUAGUUUACACUGUGAUGCCCAGCGGAGAGACUGUGGCUGAUAGCCAGGACUUCCCCAUUCAGCUCUGCCUCAGUAACAAGGUGUCUCUGAAGUUCUCCUCCCUCCAGGAGCUUCCAGCAGAGAAGACAACUCUCAAUCUCCAGGCUCACCCAGGCUCCAUGUGCUCUGUCAGAGCCAUCGACCAGAGCGUCCUCCUGCUGCAGUCAGAGCAGGAACUCACCAUCGACUAUGUGUACAGCCAGCUACCUUUGCAGAAGCUAUCUGGAUACACGUAUGAUGUUGAAGACUUUGAGCCAUAUCCUUGCUUCCCUAUGCCGGUGCCAGAGCCAGAGAUAGAGCCAGAGCCUGAACCAGAACCAGAGAUUGCGGCCGGCGUGGACCCAGCUGCCCGAGUGACGCGUUCAAUCUACUUUGGACCACCCAGUCAGCAGAGUGAUGUCUACAGCAUCUUUAAAGAAAUUGGAGUCAAAAUUCUGACCAACUCUGAUGUGAAAAAACCUUAUAACUGCCAUGAAAAGUACUCUCUAUUUUACUAUGAUGGUAUGUUUUAUGGUUUGACCCUUAUGUUGUCCAUUGAUAAUAACCCUAGAACAAGAACUUACCAUUUUUCUAGAACUUUAGGAUACGAUUACGAAGCAAGUGGGGACAUAUUAGAAGAUGAAGUUCAAAAGACCAAGACCAAGACUAAGACAAUUAGAACAUACUUCCCUGAGACCUGGAUCUGGGAUCUGGUUUCUGUCGGAGACAGUGGCUCGGUGAACGUGGAGAAGACGGUGCCCGACACCAUCACAAAGUGGGCAGCCGGAGCUUUCUGCGUCUCGUCUGCGGGCUUCGGCGUGUCGCCCAACACCGGACUGACCGCCUUCCAGCCGUUCUUUGUCAGCCUCACCCUGCCCUACUCGGUCAUCCGAGGGGAGGUGUUCACGCUCAAAGCCACCGUCUUCAACUAUCUCUCCAAGUGCAUUAUGGUGAAGGUCACUCUGGCUGAUUCAGACCAGUACACCUUCAGAGACUGCGAGGGCUGCCAGUACAGUGUGUGUCUGUGCGGGGAUGAGAGCAGGACCUUCUCAUGGAUUGUAACUCCAACUGUUCUAGGUCACGUGACUCUGAAGGUCAGCGCGGAGGCCAUGAAGACCGACGUGCUGUGCGGCAACGAGGUGGCCACCGUCCCCAACGUGGGCCGGAUCGACACAGUGGUCCGCACCCUGCUGGUCGAGGCUGAAGGAACACCACAGAUGGUCAGUCACAACGCUCUGCUCUGUCCUGCAGAGGGGCCUGUGGAGAGGAAAAUCUCUCUCCUGAUGCCCGAGAUGUUUGUGGCUGGAUCAGCCAGGGCCUCCGUCUCUGUACUGGGUGACCUGAUGGGCCGGGCCAUGAAGAACCUGGACAAGCUCCUGGCCAUGCCAUACGGCUGCGGCGAGCAGAACAUGGUGCUGUUUGCUCCCAACAUCUUUAUCCUCAACUACCUGAAAAGCACAGGUCAGCUGACCAAGGAGAUUCAGGACAGAGCAACACGCUUCCUGGAGAGCGGAUAUCAGAGGGAGCUGACCUACAAGCAUGAUGACGGCUCCUACAGUGCCUUUGGGAAGAGCGAUGACUCUGGAAACACCUGGUUGACCUCUUUCGUGAUGAAGUCCUUUGGCGGGGCGAGACCGUACAUCUUUGUGCACGGCAAGCACAUUAAAGAUGCCAGGAGGUGGCUGUCCAAGCACCAGCGGCCUGAUGGCUGCAUCAGAUCUGUGGGGAAACUCUUCCACAACGGCAUGAAGGGAGGAGUGAGCGAUGAUGUGUCCCUGACAGCCUACAUCACUGCCGCCCUGCUGGAGCUGGAUGCCAACGUCACAGACCCCGUGGUACAGAACUGCCUGAACUGUCUGAAGGCAGCAUUGGCCGGCCAGCUGGACAACCUGUACACCACCGCCCUGCUGUCCUACACCUUCACUCUGGCUGGAGAUGAGGAGACGAGGAGCAAACUCAUCACAUAUCUGCACCAGAGAUCCAACACACGGGGAGGCACCCGUCACUGGGACAGAGCAGGGGCUUCUGGGAAGGGCCUGGACUCUUUGGAGGUGGAGAUGACCUCCUACGUGCUGCUGGCUCUGGUCUCCGGUCCGAUCAUGACAGACUUUGGUCUGGAUUACUCGUCCAGCAUCGUCCGCUGGCUCGCUCAGCAGCAGAACCCGUACGGUGGCUUCUCUUCUACACAGGACACCGUGGUGGCCCUCCAGGCUCUGGCUAAGUACGGCGCUGCCACCUACAGCGCAGAGGGCAGCACUACAGUGACAGUGACGUCGUUGGGAAGCCUGAACAAAGAGUUCACGGUGGAUCAGACCAACCGGCUGCUGUACCAGGAGGAGAAGCUGAGCGAGGUCCCUGGAGAGUACACGGUCAAAGCCGAGGGACAGAGCUGUGUGCUGGCACAGAUCUCCAUGCAUUACAACGUGCCUCCUCCACCAGACUUCUCUGCCUUCAACAUCUCUACCAACACCAUGGCCAAGUGCAACAUCAGCAGACCUCAGCUCAUCCUCUUUGUGCAUGUCAGGUACCAGGGCAGGAGAGAGGAAACCAACAUGGUCAUCAUCAACAUCAAGCUGCUGUCUGGAUACAUUCUGGAUAAGAGCUCCCUAAAGCUGCUGAAGAGCGACCGCUCAGUGAAGCGUGUGGACGUGGAGGAAGGCUACAUCAACAUCUACUUAGAUGGGCUGAGGAAGGAUGAGACGAAGAUCUACAGUGUGACAGUGGAGGAGGAUCAGCCUGUCAGGAACCUGAAACCCGCUGUGGUCAAAGUCUACGAUUACUACCAGACAAGUGAUGAAGCAGUCACUGAGUACACCUCCCCCUGUGCAGAGAGCGACACCAUCAACGAGCUGUGAAACCCCGACGGAACUCUCAGCUGGAAGAAUCACUAUGUCAGAGACAGAAACUUCUAGAUGUUAAUUUUUCUCUUAGCCUGUUUCUUUUUUCUUUUCUUUUUUUACCCCUUUUUAAACUUGUUUUUUUAGCUGCUCAUUGUGAGUGAAUCCCACUUUUUAUGUGUAAUUUUAGGAACAAUUUUUUACUUUUGAUUUGGUAUUGGUUGUACUUGCCCUGUUGACUUCCUCUUCCAAAUGUUUAAGCAACAAACCAAUAAUCAGUCAGCCUGAGAAUCCACACAGCUGUCUCUCUCUCUCUCUCUCUCUCUCUCUCUCUCUCCUCAACACUGGAACGCUUCACAUUUUAACAACCCGCUGAAUUCAAGACAAGCAGCCCAUUUUCUGUAACAGUUUGUUUUUUUAAUAGAUUUGACAAAAUCCAGAUUAUUCAUACGUGAAAGUAACGCAUGAAACAUACAGGGUACCAAUAACACAGUAUGGUCCGAGUAUUGAUUGUGUGUGUGUGUGUGUGUGUGUGUUUGUGUGUGUGUGAGAGAAACAGGAUCUACUUUCUAGAAAAACAAAAGUACAGUCUCAUGAGUGCUCAGUGUGUGUGUGUGUGUGUGUUGUGUGUGCGUGUGCAUGUUCUGCUGUACCAGUAAAAAACAAAACAAGGUAGAUCGAUACAUCACUACCAUACUAUUUGAAAUGUAACUGACUGACAAUAAAAUUUCUAAAAUGACAAAAA